GCUUAUGAGUUGACAGCCUGUGGGAGAGGGUGAAAUAUUGUGAAGCUACUCUCCUCGCGUCAGCUAACCACUGGACCGCAAUGUCCAAACCCAAGUUUCAGACGGAGUGGGAGGAAAUUGACGAGGAAUAUCAACAACUACAGGAAACUCACAAAGUAUACAGACAAAAACUUGAGGAGCUCACCAAUCUUCAGACAACAUGCAGCAGUUCCAUCAGUAAACAGAGAAAAUGCCUAAAAGACUUGAGGCACAGCUUGACCAAGUGUUCACAAAAAUGUGACGAGAAAGAAUUGAAACUAAUAACGGAUAUCAAAUCCCAAAUCAAGGAAAAAGGAAAUGUGUUUUUUGAUAUGGAAGCAUACUUGCCAAAGAAAAACGGGCUGUACCUGAAUUUAGUCCUCGGCAAUGUGAACGUAACACUUCUCAGCGACCAUGCAAAAUUUGCCUACAAAGACGAGUAUGAGAAGUUCAAGCUUUACAUGACAAUAAUCCUGAUGUUUGGAGCCAUAACCUGCCUCUUCUUUCUCAACUAUCGAGUCACUGAUGAAAUCUUCAACUUUCUGUUGGUGUGGUACUACUGUACGUUGACCAUAAGGGAAAGCAUCCUCAUGAGCAAUGGCUCCAGGAUCAAAGGUUGGUGGGUGUCUCACCAUUACGUAUCCACCUUUCUGUCGGGUGUGAUGCUCACCUGGCCAGAGGGGCCCAUGUAUCAGAUGUUUCGGAGCCAGUUCCUCGCUUUCUCCAUCUAUCAGAGCUUUGUUCAGUUCCUCCAGUAUUACUACCAGAGCGGCUGCUUAUACAGGCUGCGAACUCUGGGGGAGAGAAAUCAGCUGGACCUCACUGUGGAGGGAUUUCAGUCCUGGAUGUGGAGAGGCCUCACUUUUCUUUUGCCAUUCCUCUUUUUUGGUCAUUUUUGGCAGCUCUACAACUCGGUGACCCUGUUUCGCUUGGGGCGACAUGAGGACUGUAAGGAGUGGCAAGUAUUUAUGCUGGCACUGACAUUUCUCAUCCUAUUCCUGGGGAACGUUCUCACCACUUUAAAAGUCGUCCACCAAAAGGUUCAGAAAAACCAGGACACAGUCCAGAAAAAUGACUGAGACAAAAAAACUCCUCCGAUCCUUACCAAACGGCCAGUAAUUACGUGCACAUUGGCUUAAUGAACUGACCACAGUAGGAUCAGGCCGGGGUGAAAACGAAACUGAAACCACUCUUUCUCUCCGGCUUCGACGGCAGCAGCAGCAGCAGCAGCAACGUCCGGCCAACGUAUCUGGCCCCACAGGCUUCUGCUUUCUAAUGACUGCAUUGAUGUUGCUGCAGAGUGAGUCCCAACACAAAGAGGUGUUCAACUGGUAGACAAACAGUUUGACUCGUUAUCCUGUACAUAAAAAGUGAGCAGGACGAAUGAGGUUUUUAUUUGGGUGUUUGUGUCGGCGCAUGAAUCUGUCAGAGAGCCUUUUGUUCAACUCAUAUGCAACUAAAAGCGGCCCGGUAGCGUCAAUCAACCGAACAGAAUACUGUUUGCCUUUUGGAAGACCUAACGUCUGUCAUGUGCUUCAUACCUCUGAAGUGGCACAGGUCAAACUGUCUCUGGGCAAAAUUGGACACGAUCAACUUGGCACUUCACUUCUAGAUCUCUGUAAUGUUUCAUGUGUAGUUAUGAACUCUGUUGUGUUAUUUCACUGCUAACAAGUGUUUUUGUUUUUUUUACAAGACUUGUAGGUCGACAACUUAAACCUUAUACUUGACUGCCUCUCAAUUUCAGAAAAAAAUCUCCUGGUGUCUUUUUUUUCUUUUCUUUUUUUCUGUCCUCAAAUAAGUACGGACUUCAAGGGAAUGCAACACUGUUCCUUUCCUUCUAGCAGUGGUUGCAAAAGCCAUAACUUUAUUAUUUUGUACAAUCUAAUGCCUAAACUGGGUUAUUUGGCUGAGUCACAGGAACACAGACUUGUACGGUCUUUAUAAAAAAAACUGUGAGAAUUAAGGAGGGUUUUCAUGUGAACUCACUUACAUGUUCUCACUCACUAAUUGUAAUGUCUGUUUAUCUGUUUCACUAAUGGUCUCACUCUUCCUUCAAGUUUAUUACACACAUUAUUACAAAGCCAUGCACAGAUUUGUUUGUGCUGAAACAAAGAACGUGUGUGUUAUGUGACGCUGCAGAAAAGUAUCAAAUGCUGCUAUUAGUGCUGGUACUGUGAGACCAAGAUGCAGAAUGAUGAUUGAAACUGCUGGGUUGUUUUUCUAAUUCCAAUUAACAUACUAAAGUCAUAUUUGUAUGAAUUCACUUAUGUCCAAACCUGAUGCUUUUUUCCUAGUUGACUAUCUUGGCAUCUGGUUCCUGUCUCGCGCUUGUUUGAAAGUCUUUUUGUUUUUCAGCAGUGUCGGAUCUCUAAUGCCUUAUUGUCCCUCCAGCCUGUCACAGCAAAACGUCUCUUCAUUUUGAAAAUGCCAAAAGACGGUAGCGUUUCUUUGUCAUUUCCCAGAAAGUAAUCAUGGUGAAGAGAAUCACAAUAUUUUAUGUAUCACUUUUAUUGAGGGAAAGGUUACAGACCAAAAUGUUACAUUUAAUGCGAAAGCUGCCAGAACGUGCACACAACAACUUUCCUCAUUUGUAUGAUGUAGCUGAUGAGCAAUGUGUUCCUCAUUCAUGUCUAGGCUGUAACUGGUGCUGAGUUGAUCAGUAACAAGAGACGGUUUCUCAAUCUGUGUACAUUGUUGUAAAAAAAUAUAUAUUAAUAAUUAAACACCUAAUGAAAUGUG